CAGCGGGGACAUGGACGCCGCGACCCGCCUGGCUCUGCGGCUGCGGGCGGCGCUGCGGGAGGAGGAGCCGAGGGCCGUGGAGGACCUGCUGCGCCGCGGCGCGAACCCCAACUUGGUGCUGGCGGACGGCGUGGCGGCCGUGCACCUGGCUGCGGGCGCCCGGCGCGCGCGCGGCCUGCGCUGCCUUGGGGCGCUGCUGCGCGGCGGCGGAGACCCCGACACUCGAUCCGCGGAGGCGCUGACCCCGGUGCACGUGGCCGCGGCCUGGGGCUGCCGCGGGGCCCUGGAGCUCCUGCUGAGCCGAGGCGCCGACCCCGAGCUGCGCGACCAGGACGGACUCCGCGCCCUGGACCUGGCCGAGCGGCUGGGGCAGGCGGACUGCGCGCGCAUCCUGCGGGAGCGAGGCCUGCGGGAGCCGGGCCUGGCGGGGACCCCGCGCCGGGAGCCGGAGGAGCCGGAGCGCCCCCGCGUCUCAGGCCCUGCAGCGCUGGUCUCCACAGCUCUCCGGACCCCCCUGGGCGAGGCGCGCAGCCCAGACACCUCACCCGUAGGCUGGGACUGCAGCUCCGAUGCCUCUUUUGUCACCGCAGUGGAGGACCCAGACCAAGACAGAACUGCCCGCGGGGCCGGGUCACUGACCCAGACCUCGCAGGGGGCACCGGGUGUGCCUCCUCCUCGGGGGGACACAGACUCUGCAGGUCGCCCACUGUGGUCGGCCGGACAGGAGACAGAGCUGGGUGCCCAGCUCCAGGCUCUGACCCUCACCUCCCCAGAGGACGCGGCUGGCCAGCCUCCCCUCUGCUCUCCAGCCCUGCCUGAUGGGAGCCCAGUACACAGCCCUCCUCAAGGACCACUGCCUGCCUCCCCCCACUUCCAGACAUCCUUUGAUAAUGACGUGGCAGCCCUGUGGCUGACAGAAGAUGAGGAGGGGGCCUCUGGGGCCGGGGACUCUGUCCUUUCUUUCCAGUCUCAGCCCGUCUCUGCCAUGUCAGACCUGGAGCUGCUGCGGGCACUCCGAGCCCUGGGCACCAGUCCUGGCCCCAUCACACCCUUCACCCGGCCACACUAUCUCCGCCGUCUGGAAGAAGCCUACGCUGCUUCUGGCCCAGAUUUUUCAGGACACAGCCCACAGCUGGCUGAGGCCCUACGAACAGGCUGUGUCCCAGACUCCCAGGCAGAUGAAGACUGCCUUGCCCUGCAAUUUGGACGGCCUAAUCCCUCAAAGAGGUGGCGGGAGGGGACUGCGAAGUCCAGCUUCGUAUAUCUGCUGCUGGACCCCAGGGAAACACAAGACCUGCCAGCUCGAGCCUUCUCACUGACCCCGGCUGAGCGCCUUCAGACUUUUGUUCGAGCCAUUUUCUAUGUGGGCAAGGGGACACGCACCCGGCCAGAUGUUCACCUCUGGGAGGCCCUUGGGUAUCGAGGGCAGCCAAGAAAACAAGCCUGCCCCAAGGUGAGGCAGAUCCUGGACAUCUGGGACAGUGGCCGUGGUGUCGUCUCCCUGCACUGCUUCCAGCACGUGGUGGCUGUGGAGGCGUACACGAGAGAGGCGUGUCUCCUGGAUGCCCUAGGAAUCCAGAGGCUGACCAACCAGAAACAAGGGCACUACUAUGGAGUGGUGGCGAGCUGGCCACCUUCUCGGCGCCGGCGCCUGGGGGUUCACCUGCUGCAUCGUGCCCUCCUGGUCUUCCUUGCUGAAGGGGAGCGAGAGCUGCGGCCUCCGGACAUCCAGGCCUAUGGCUAACCCUACACCCUUGGCAGCCCAGAGGAGAGUGGGCGUGCAGACGUCUGGGGCCAAAGACAUCCCACCCCACCACACACAGGCCCACGCGUGGCCCUGAGUUCCCCAUCAUGGGAGGAACUGGAAGGAGCACUCACUGCGUGUCUUCCUGGAUGGCCUGCUGUCACCUCCCAAGCACAGGCGGAGGUCACUCUGGUCCUGUUUGGGACUGAGCCAGUGUGGGCUGUGUGUGGGCCCUAGCAGGGGUCCUUCAGGGGACUCAAUAAAGACAUGAUGGUGA